CUCGGCGACGGCGACGGCGACGGGAAAAUUCUCUCUCUCUUUCUCUCUCUAAUGGACUCUCUGGUAGCGAGCUACGCUUCGUCGGACGAAGAAGAAGAAGAAGAACGUCAACCACGUAAAGAAUCAUCCUUCGAUCCUUCUUCUACUUCGUCGUCUUUGUUCUCGGCUAUUCCUCAACCUAAAUCAUUCAGAUCUUCCGAAGAUGGGGAUUUCGGUUCAUCUUCUUCCACUCAAGGAAGGUCUUCUCCUUUUCUCUCCUCUCUCCCUCCUCCAAAAUCCUCGAUUUCUCGGCAGAAAAACUCCGCUCCGUCGUCGAUUCCGGCGUUACCUAAACGUGUCGUUCAAAUCCGGCUUCCGGUAAACCCUAGACCGAGCAGUAUUGAUGAUGAAGAAGAUGAAGAAGAGGAGAAAGCGAGGAAGAAGCGUAAGCAGAUGGAAUCUGCUGCGGCGUCUCACGAUUCAUCAGUGAAAUCUUUCUUAUCCGCCAUGCCUGUGCCCAAGAGCUCGCAAACACUCGGCGCUCUUCCUUCAUUGGGAUCAGGAUCAGGUCGAAGAUCGAACCUCGAAACAGAAACUCCUGCAAUUACUCAAAUUGAAUCAGGUUCUGAUCAAAACCAGAGCUAUUAUGAAUCGGUUAAUCCUAGUAGCGAAGCGGAUCAAAUUGGUGGAGUAGAUAACUAUUAUGCUGGUUACGAGCAGAACCCUAGUGGUGGUAGUGGAGAUGCUUCUGGUUAUGUGGGAUACGAUGGUAGUAGCUAUGGAGCUAAUACUUGGAACGGUGGUGGCUUUGAGGCAACAACGGGAUUGCCUGAAGCGUUUGUAGCCAUGGAUAGUGGUGCAAGGAGAGGACGGAGAGGGAAGAACGAUUUUCCAACAGAGAUAGUUGAGGUUAAGCAAGAUGAGCUCAUGAAGAAUAGGCCAAGAGCUGAUCAGGUUAAAUCUACUGGAAUCGCCUUUGGACCUGCGUAUCAGCCUGCAUCAUCUUCAUCUAAGGGGAAAGUGUCAAAGCUUCACAAGAGGAAGCAUCAGAUCACUGCGUUAUUCAUGGACAUGAAGCACAAGGAGACGGAGUUAGCAGAGAGACGUUCAAGAGGAUUGCUCACAAAAGCCGAGACACAAGCAAAAUACGGAUGGUGAUUUGCUCUCUUGUUUCUCUCAAUUUGUGAAAUUGGCAACAGAUUUCCUGUAACUCUCUUUCUUUCUUUUUUUGUCCUUUUACUAUCUUCCAAGAUCCAAAGCUUUAAAUGUAAUACUCAUUUCUUAUAUGAAUGAAUCUACUCUCAGCAGAA